CAAUGGAGGCAUCCAAUUGAGGUGGAAGAACACACACAUAUAUGGCAGAAGAAAAAGUAAGCGAAGCCAAUGCCAAUAAUGGAGCUCAAGAAAAGAACUUGAGGGGCCGGAAGUCUUCAUGGGCCACCCUCCGCCGUGUAGACUCGCUCAAUUUGGAGGCCGGAAGGUUUCCCGCCGCUGCGGCUCAUCAAUUGUCGGGGUUGAGUUGGCAGCGGACUCUAAGCUUGGCAUUCCAAAGCGUGGGAGUGGUGUAUGGCGACAUCGGAACGUCGCCGUUGUACGUUUACGCAAGCACAUUCACAAACGGCAUUAAGAACACAGACGACGUGAUCGGAGUUCUAUCGCUGAUAAUCUACACGAUAGCACUAGUCCCUCUGCUGAAGUACGUUUUCAUAGUGCUGUGGGCGAACGACAACGGCGACGGCGGGACGUUCGCUCUUUACUCGCUGCUGUGCCGGUACGCCAAAGUUGGGCUGAUUCCGAACCAGCAGCCGGAGGACAGGGAGCUCUCAAAUUACCAGCUCGUUGCACCUUCCAACUUGAGGAGGUCUCAGAAGGUGAAGGAGAAGCUCGAGAACAGUGCCGCUGUCAAAAUUGCCCUUUUUCUUGUCACCAUUGCCGGCACCUCCAUGGUUAUUGGAGAUGGGGUUCUCACUCCAUGCAUUUCCGUGCUCUCAGCAGUGAGCGGAAUCAACUCACUAGGGACAGAUGCAGUGGUGGGGAUUUCAGUAGCCAUUCUGAUAAUCCUGUUCUCCAUUCAACGCUUCGGGACAGACAAAGUAGGGUUCUCAUUUGCGCCAAUAAUCCUUGUGUGGUUUUCAUUCAUCGGUGGGAUCGGCCUCUACAACUUGUUCAAGCACGAUCCCGCUGUGCUCAAAGCUUUUAACCCUAAAUAUAUCUUCGACUACUUCAGACGGAACGGAAAGCAAGCCUGGAUCUCCCUUGGCGGCGUUUUCCUCUGCAUCACUGGCACCGAGGCCAUGUUCGCCGAUCUCGGCCAUUUCAAUGUCCGAGCCAUACAGAUUAGUUUCUCCUCCAUUGUGUUCCCUGCUCUAAUAGCAGCCUACACCGGGCAAGCUGCGUAUCUCAGAAAAUUCCCAGGCCACGUCUUGAAUACUUUCUACGACUCAAUCCCAGAUCCUUUGUACUGGCCCACCUUCGUAGUAGCCGUGGCGGCUUCCAUCAUAGCGAGCCAGGCCAUGAUCUCCGGAGCCUUCGCCAUAAUUUCCCAGUCGCUCUCUCUCGGCUGCUUCCCGCGCGUGAAGGUGGUCCAUACAUCCCACAAGUACGAGGGCCAAGUUUACAUCCCGGAGAUCAACUACCUCCUCAUGCUGGCCUGCGUCAUCGUCACCGUCGCCUUCCGCACCACCGAGAACAUCGGCCAUGCCUACGGCAUCGCCGUCGUCUCCGUCAUGAUCAUGACCACCGCCAUGGUCUCCCUUAUCAUGGUCGUCAUCUGGAAGACCAGCAUUUGGCUCAUCGCCGCCUUCUUCCUUGUCUUCGGCGCCAUCGAGCUCCUCUACUUCUCCUCCGUCCUCUAUAAGUUCACUCAGGGCGGGUUUCUUCCUCUCGUUCUCGCUUUCUUCCUCAUGGCCGUCAUGGUCGUGUGGCACUAUGUGCAUAGGGAGAGGUACAUGUUCGAGCUCAGAAACAAGGUUUCUAAUAGCUUCAUAACGGAGCUAGCAAAUAAUCAUGAGGUUAAUAGGAUUCCUGGAAUUGGGCUUCUCUACUCCGAGCUUGUUCAGGGUAUUCCUCCCAUCUUCCCUCACUUCAUUACCAGCAUUCCUUCCGUCCACUCCGUCAUCGUCUUCGUCUCGAUUAAGUCGAUUCCGAUCAGUAAAGUCACACCCGGGGAGCGGUUUCUGUUCCGUCAGGUGGAGCCGAGGGAGUACCACAUGUUUCGGUGUGUCGUGAGGUAUGGUUAUAAAGACGUCAUAAUCGGAUCGGCGGAGUUCGAGCGCCAAUUGGUGGAUAGCCUGAAAGAGUUCAUACGCCAAGAACAUAUAAUGCUAGAAGGGAUCCCAAAUUUGUUUGUAGAACAACCGACGUUAUCGAACCAGCAAAACACAACCCGCUCGGGGAAGCUAGAAGCAAAAACAAAAGUAAAAGCUUCAUCUUCUUCUUCAGCAACAGUCCAUGUCGAAGGAACGCUACCAGAAGGAGGAAGCCAGUCUCGAGGCUCGUCGGGCUCGAUUCAGUCUUUCAACGCUUCGAAGUCGAGGAGCUCUUCAAACGCAAUAGUGCAAGUGGUGGCGCCAUUGGCGGAGGGAGUGGAAGAGGAGAUGGAGUUCGUGGAGAGAGCGAUGAAGAAAGGCGUGGUUUAUCUGCUCGGGGAAGCAGAAGUAGUAGCGGAUCCAAAAUCUUCGUUGCUAAAGAAGAUGGUGGUUAACUACGCUUAUAGUUUUCUCAGGAAGAACUUCAGGCAAGGAGAGAACGUUCUGGAGAUUCCACACACCAGGCUUCUCAGGGUUGGAAUGACUUAUGAAAUAUGAGACCACAACAAAAUCAAAAAACGGCUCAUACAUUGGAGAUUGCUCGUUUUGCAUUAUGAAUUUAAGAUCAUUUAUUUAACGUUUUUGUGAGAAUAUGUAUAUUAAUUUGUAUGUGUGGAAGAAGCUGCUUUUCGUGGUGCUCGGUAGAUUUCUUUCACUUCCACAAAGGGUGUGUUUGGAAAUACUUUUGAAAUAAGUUACUUCUCAAAAGAAAGUGUCCUUCAAUAUAAUACUUUUGGUUUCAAUUUUUUCGAGGGCAA